CCAAACGCCAUAAAUCUUAUUUUUCCGUAUCCGAACAAGAAAACUCACCGCCUCCGGCAGCAGUAGUAGAAAUCAUGUACUCGCCGCAGCUUCCUUUAGCGCGUGCGCGCUUGCCAACCCCAUCGGAGACAGACAAUUCCCAAUCCGGAUCAGGAGAUCUCGAAUCUUCUCUCCUCCUACUCUACCAACGGCACCAGCAGAAAUCGAUCCAGCUUCGCGAUCGCGCCGAGAAAGCGAAGAGGGACGCGAUUAAGAAAGCGGCGCGUGUGUCGGAUCUGUUGGUUGAUGCCGUGAAUGGAGGAGUGCAGGAGUCGUUCAUCAACGAGAAGCGAAUUGAGCUCGAGAUUCGAGCUUUGGCAGCGACGGUUGCUAGGUUCAUGAAGCAGACGGAUCAGUGGCUGGCUGCCACUCACGCUAUUAACACCGCUGUGAAGGAAAUUGGAGAUUUUGAGAAUUGGAUGAAGACCAUGGAUCUUGAUUGCAAGAGUAUCAAUGUAGCAAUUCGCAACAUUCACCAAGAAUGAGUCCGAACCAGAGAUGAGAUGGUAGAUCAUCUAUGUGUUAAUGGGUUUUGAUGCUCAUUUUGACAUCCCCGUGUAGGAACAUAUGUAGCUUACUAUAAUAGCCUGAAAUCUAUGGCAAAUUUCUUGCGAUAUGCAUUCCUUAUUCAUUCCAACCAGUAACACAAAUAAUUAAAUCUUUAUUCC